AUCAUAUAAAGUACAGAAUUUGCGCAUGCGCAGGUGUGUGGGUGUGUGAACUACUGCUUUGCGCAUGCGCAGGUGGGUGAACUACUGCUUACCAACGCAGGUGGCGCCAGCAUCGAGACUGUUCUCCACCAGCUCCUUCACGGCCACUGCCAGAGACAGCACCACCUGUCCCGAGCAUAUCUGAUGCACCGUCCGCUUGUCGAUCGCCUUUACUUCGCUAGAAGAGGCGGAGGCCAUCGUCACUACACUCCGUCCUUUCACCCCGGAUCGAGAGUACGUGACUUCAUAGUGCGCGUGCGCAGACCUACCCCCACUUUUACCCUUUGAAAACCACCGAGACCAGACUGGCUGGACCGUAUUUCUAGAUCCCGAGCGGAUAAUGGCGACGGAGAACGGAGAGUCGGGGGCCGCCAUGGACAAGGGCGUCUCCUUCGACGAAAUGGACUAUCAGAGUCAUCGGAAUGUUUUUGUUGCCGUUCACAUGCCCUACACCUUUCACAAGAAGCACCGGCACAAAAAGCACAAGCACCAUCAUCACCACCAUCACAAGAAGCACAGCUCUCACGCCAAUGAAGAGGAGGACCCACAGCCAGAGCCCAGGACUCCGGUUGACCCCUGCGAUCGGGUCAAGUUCAUUCUGGAGGGGGAAGAGAGGGAGGGAGAGACGGGAGAGGGACGGAAGGAGUCACACACUAUGUUCACUGAACUGGAGGAACUUCGCUGCCACCAUAACAAAGUGGAGUGGAAGGAGACGGCUCGCUGGGUCAAGUUCGAGGAGGACGUGGAGGAGGGGGGCAAUAAAUGGAGCAAGCCUCACGUGGCCACCCUCUCUCUGCACAGUCUGUUUGAGCUGCGGAGCUGCAUUCUGAAGGGAACAGUUCUGUUGGACCUGGAGGCCAGUGACCUGGGCCAAAUUGCUGACUAUGUGUUGGACAGUCUGGUGACCACUAAACAGAUGGAGGAGAACAAGAGGGAGAUGGUGAGGGCUGCACUGCUCCUCCGCCAUAAACACCAGAACAGCCGAGACCACGAGAACAAGUUACUUCACAACAUUCGCUCCAUGGCCGAGAUUGGACGAAUCGGAUCCUCCAGCAGUAGGCAAAUGGAGCACCAGGACUCUGUGGACGGCCAGUCGACCCAGGGAGUAGAGGGAGGAGGAGGAGGAGGAGGAGGAGGAGGAGGAGGGGGAGGAGGAAGCAGCACCAGCAACUUCCUGACUCCCUACAACCACCCCCACACCUUCCCCGUGACUGCCCUUAAUGGUCCUGGGUCUGGUGGGAAUCUGUUUGGACGCAAGUUGAGUUCGGCCAGUAACUACAGCAGUGGAGCUGGAACAGAUGACAACGGAAAUGGAGAGAGCGGCGAUCAUUUGUACGAUGUCAAACCGCAAAAACCUGAUACUCAUUUCAUGAAGAAGAUCCCGCCGGGGUCAGAGGCCAGCAAUGUCCUGGUGGGUGAGGUGGACUUUCUUGAUCAUGCCAUAAUCGCCUUCGUGCGGCUCAAGGAGGGAGUCCUACUGGGAGACAUCACCGAGGUUCCCAUUCCAACCAGGUUUCUGUUCCUCAUGCUGGGUCCAAAGGGCAACCGGGAGCGUUACCACGAAGUGGGACGCUCCAUUGCCACACUCAUGAGUGACGAGGUGUUCCACGACGUGGCGUACAAGGCUCGCAACAGGGAGGACCUGCUGGCCGGAAUCGACGAGUUCCUGGACAAAGUGACGGUCCUCCCUCCUGGGGAGUGGGAUCCCAACAUCAGACUGGAGCCCCCUCCUGAGGUCUGUGCUGGUGACUAUACCACCACCUAUGGCAAGGGAGAUUUUAAAAUUACUUUCCCUCAUGUGACUCACUUUACUCUGUUGAAAAAAAGAUACAGCUAGUUUCACACCAACCUACACCUGAUGGUUCUGUUUUGCUGAUCUGAAUCGUCACACUCAAGUUUACUCAAGUUACAGUUAGAGUUUUGUUUACUGGAGAAUGUCCUACGUACGUAGUAUUGUAGUACGGUGCGUGUAUACGCGGACCUGGAAUUUGGACCAAAGCGCGGACAAUCCAAGGACAAGCAAUAGGGUGGACUUGGAAUUCUAGGGUCGUGUGCGUGGGCUAACGCAUAGAGUCGAGAGAGGUGCCCCGUUCCAUGGCCGCGCUCGGUGGGAUCAUAGAGUGAGAGAUGACGAGAGAGGAGCUAUGCGAUUUCCGUGGUUCGGAAAACUGACGAUCCUUGCAUUCUUACUACCGUAUCUAACUUAGUCUAUAGUCAACAAUCACUGUUUGUAGAAACUUAACUUGGCGGGUUCAGUACUGUGUGAACAGCAAGGCAUGCAUGACCAUGGACGAUGAUGUACACUACAGGUGCCAUCCCAGGCCGAGCGUCGUCCAACCAAACCGAGUAUGGAGCCUGAGAUCCACGAGGUGGACCACAAGGCUUCCCUCACCUGCUCUAAGAUACCAUUCCAUGGGCUAAUAUUGGACGUGAAGAGGCGCUACCCAAAGUACUGGAGUGACAUCAAAGAUGCCUUCUCGUUACAAGUCCUUGCCUCCAUCAUCUUCAUCUUCUUUGCCAACAUAACUCCAGCUGUCACUUUUGGCGGUGUUCUUGGUGGCAUCACCAAUGGACAACUGGGGGCUCUGGAGAUGAUUGCCGCCGUUUCCCUGGGCAACGUGGUCUAUUCCCUCACGGCGGGGCAGCCCCUGGUCAUUCUGGGCGGGACGGGCCCCACCCUCAUCUUCGAAGACAUUGUCUACCAGUACUCCACCAAGAACGACGUCCCGUACCUCAAUUUCCGGUUCUGGAUCGGACUCUGGACCAGCAUCUUCAUGAUCAGUCUAGUUGCAGUCAACGCGAGCGCCAUGAUGCGGUUGUUCACGCGAUUCACGGAGGAAAUAUUCUCGGCUCUGAUCUCAUUCAUAUUCAUCUACGAGGCCCUGGACAAAGUAUGGAAGGUCCACCUGGACUACUCGUACAACGAAUGGAUCCUAAGACCCACCGUACAGAGGGAGUGCGACUGCUACGAGUUUGCAUCCAACGAUUCAUUUGCCGUCGACGAUUUCACAAACGCCACAAAGAUAACUUACUUUUGGGACGACCCGGGCGUGAACUGCAGUGCCCAGCUCCAGAGGAGGUUUGUUGGGAAGCACUGCAACGGGCUGCACCCAGACGUCUUUCUCAUGUCGAUCAUUCUGUUCUUUGGCACCUUCCUGCUGUCGUUCUACCUCAAGAGAUUCAGAGGCAGUAGUUUCUUCUCCACCAUUGUUCGUCAUGUCAUCAGUGACUUUGCGGUGUUCCUGGCAGUGAUAGUCUGGGUAACCAUAGACAUCCUGGCUGGCAUCGACACUCCAAAACUCAUUGUCCCCAACGUCUUUGUCUCUGGGUUCUACUCCAGUGACAGAGGAUUCAUCAUCAACCCUCUUGGUAAUGGUCUCCCGUCGUGGGCACCGUUCAUGGCCCUACCAUUUGCCGUCCUGGCCACCAUCCUCCUGUUCAUGGACCAGCAGAUCACUGCCCUCAUUGUCAAUAGGAGAGACCACAAACUGAAGAAAGGCUCAGGCUACCACCUGGACCUCCUCAUAGUGGGUAUCAUGAUAUUUGUCCAUUCUGUCCUGGGGCUGCCGUGGGUGGUGGGGGCCACCGUCCGCUCCAUCACACACGUACAGAGUCUCUUCAUCCUGUCUCCCUGCACCGCUCCGGGAGAGAGGCCCAAGUUCAUUGGAGUCAGAGAGCAGAGAGUAACUCUGUUUGUGAUGGCAGUUCUCAUUGGGAUCUCAAUGAUGCUCUACUAUGUCCUGAGACUCCUCCCCCUCCCUGUGCUCUAUGGCAUAUUCCUCUACAUCGGUGUGGCCUCCCUCUAUGGUGUUCAGUUUGUACAGCGGCUGGCACUCCCGCUCAUCCCUGACAAGUACAAGCCUGACUACCACUAUCUCCGUCGCAUACCCAACCUCCGUAUCCACGGCUACACGCUCUACCAGGUUCUCUUCUUCAUCGUCCUCUGUAUAUUCAAGGUGGUCCAGCAGACCAGCAUCGUAUUCCCUGUCAUGGUGAGGACAACAUGUAGUAUGCCACAUUGCCCCAUCGCUAGGCCUUCAUUAUUUUCUCCUACUACUACAUGAUCAAGAGUAUGGCUAAAACUCGCUCUCAGAAUCAGAAGACUCCAUUUUCCACAC